GAGCGGACCCGCUUAGUUUCCCCCAGGAGUGAACAGAGGAGACGUAAAACAUGUAGACCUAAUCCCAGAAAAAGUGACGGGAGAGCAGACAGGUGACGGCCACCAUGUCCAUCAGCGUGGAUCUGAAGAGGAUCUCCAACCUGCCGGGACGUUCUGACAGAAAGGUCGAACUCUCCUUCAGAGGUUUCACUCAUAAAACCAGAGCCUUGCAGUGUGAGAAUCUCGCCAUCUUCAACGAGCAUUUCCGUUGGCCCCAUUAUGGAAAAGAGAUCACCGAGGAGCUUCUGUCCAUCAGUGUUUACAACUGCAGCAAAUUCUUUUCCAACAGACUGCUCGGUCAGCUUGUUAUCAGUCUCCAGCAUGUAGUUACCUCCGGCAGGUUGUUGCUUCGGGAACCCCUGACCGAUGCCAACUACAGCCUGACUGAUAUUAUUAUAGAGCUGGACAUCCGGUUCCAUCCGUUGGAGGGAGUAGCAGGACACUGGGCGGGAACGGACUUCUUGGAAGUUGAAGACAGCGAUGAAUCAUCUCUGGUCAUCAGGAAUGAUGGAUUCGAUGACAUUGAGAGAGGGUCCAUGGUGGCUCGCAACGAUCAGCUGGAGAGAGACGCUCGUCGUCUGGGAAAGAGUCUGGUCCGGACGGGGGAUGAAGACGAGGAUGAUGAGGAUUACGAUUAUGAUGAUGAUCUUGUGGAGAUGGAGACCUCUGACAUCGUCUUAACCCCUCUGCGGAGUCGUUGCAGACCUCUGUCUAGAUCUGCUGUUGCAGCGAUGCCCAGAGUCCAGAGCUUCCAGGUGAAUGUGAACAUCCUGGAGGCCCAGAAGCUUGUCGGCGUGAACAUCAACCCGGCGGUUUUCAUCAGAGUGGGAGGUCAUAAAAAACACACAGCAACGCAGAAGUCCACUAACUGCCCGUUCUUCAACGAGAAUUUCCAGUUUGAAUUUCAGGAGGCUCCACAAGUCUUCUUUGACAAAGUCAUAGAGAUAAAGGUGUUCCACAGGCGGACGUUGGCCUUCCUGAUGACCCACAUUGGCACCUUUAAGAUUGACAUCUCCACGGUGUACAGUCAGCCAGACCACCGCUUCUACCAGAAGUGGGCUCCCCUCACCGACCCGACAGACACCAGGUCAGGGGUGAAGGGCUACGUCCAGGCCAGCCUUAGUGUGCUGAUGAAGGGAGAUGCUCUUCGCAUGCCCAGUCUACCACCAGGCGCCUCGUCUGGAAGCAGUGAGGACAUCGAAAAACAUCUGUUACUUCCUCGCGGCUUGCCGUCUGAGCGUCCAUGGGCUCGGUUUCGUGUCAGGAUCUACAAAGCCGAGGGUCUGCCAACCAUGGAAGCAGGGCUGAUGGCAAAGAUGUCUGUCACUGAUCGGGCGGUGUUUAUUGACCCCUACGUACAGGUGACCUUCGCUGGACAGCAGGGGGAAACAUCAGUUGCCAGCGCCACCAGCUGCCCAGUGUGGAAUGAAGAGAUCUCCUUUAUUGAGCUGUUUCCUCCACUGGCACAGCGAAUCAAAAUCCAGCUUCUUGAUGAUGCCAAGAUGGGAGACAUCGCUUUGGCAACCCACUUCCUGGACCUCCAGCAGAUAUCUGACCCCACCAGGAAUGGGUUUAACCCAACCUUUGGUCCGAGUUGGGUUAAUCUCUAUGGUUCUCCCCAAAACUCCACCCUGGGAGACGUCCACCAGGCCUUGAACGAAGGUUUGGGAGAAGGAAUCUUCUAUCGAGGUCGAAUCCUCCUGGCUCUCUCCAUGGAUGUUUAUUCCUCUCCCUCUGCCAUCCCCGCAGAUACCGGCUCUGGUGCGGCCGUGAAGGUGAAAGGAGCAAUAAGCAAGUUUGGAUUGAAGAAGAAAAAGAAGAGCAAGAAGGAUAAGAAGGAAGCUGCAGAAGCAACUUCAGCUUUGAGUGGAUUAUCUGAUGAGUCUGGAGAGGCGGGAGUUGAGGUACCAGAGUCUGUCACGGUGGAAGUUGAGGAGAUCCACCCUCUGCCUGAGGGCUAUCUGGGACAGAAGGAGGAGUUUCUGCUCUUUGCAUCUCUGUUUGAAAUCACAAUGAUUGACCCGUCAGUAGGAACAAAACCACUCACCUUUGAACUCUCCAUUGGGAAUUAUGGGAAGGCAGUGGGAGUUGGGAAGUCUAAGAAAAGCCAGAGCAGGGAGGAGCUGAGGAGGAGCAGAGAAGAUCUGACUGAGGAGGCACAUGGUCUGCUGGAGUCGGAGGAUGAGCUGGACAGAGAGAUGACGAAUCCUGAACCUGAGAACCGAUCUGUGUCUUCUGCCAUGAGACCUCAGGCAACUGAAUAUGACAGGUCAUUUAAAUGUAUUCAACUGCAGCCCCCGUCGAUGAAUCUAAAGCCUUGUCUGUAUGUCUGGAGCCAGUUUGAAGAUCACAGCUUCCGUCUCAAUCAGGCCAACUGGCUGAGCAAGAUGGCCGACAGGCUGGAGCUUGGUCUCAACCAGGUGGAAAUCCUCCUGCGGAGGCCAAAGAGUAAAGCAAAGGAACGUUUGAUCGAGGUGUUACUGGAGCUGGUGACUUGUUGCAAACAGUUUAGCGCCUUCUCUGACCGGAGAUCUCAGUCCCGUCCGAACGGCCUGGAUAAAUGCAGGAGGGACUUCAUCAAAAAGAAUUUGGUUCUACUAGCCAGACAGGCAGUCAGGGCCAGGCGAAGGAUCACCAGAAACAAAACCAAGGAGUACUUGAUGGAAGGCUGGAAAAUCUUAAAGAAGCUUCGCCAACUGGCUGUAGAGCCCCAGAGCACCAUCCCAGACGCUUUCCUCUGGUUGCUUAAUGGAAGCAAGCGGCUGGCUUAUGUCAGGAUUCCUUCCCACUCCAUCCUCUUCUCGUUGGUGGAGGAGCAGAAAGGGAGGGACUGUGGCCGCAUCACCACUCUCUACAUGAAGUCUCCAGGAUGCUCACCAAGCGAAACCUUUGCCAAGCUGGAGGUGUACCUGUGGCUUGGUCUUGUCAAGUACAGCAAAGAAGUGAUCAACAGCCUGCCAGAGGAGUUCAUGCCUUUGUAUGAGGAUGAGGACGAGCAGGAGACACAGAGACAGCUGCUUCCUGUGGAGGGGAGGAGAAAGUUACCCGUCAGUCUGUCCUGCCAGGACUGCAGGUACUUCCAGCUACGGUGUCACCUGUACCAGGGGCGUGGCCUUAUGGCCGCAGAUGAUGACGGGCUCUCGGAUCCUUUUGCAAAGGUGGUGUUCUCCACACAGUGCCAGGUCACCAGGGUGUUGCCGGACACCCUCUCCCCCUCCUGGUGUGAGUGUUUGUUGUUUGACAGAGUUCUGCUGGAAGGAACGAAGGAACAAUUUCAACAAGACCCACCUCUCAUCAUCAUCAACAUCUAUGACUACGACACAGUGGGCAGUCCGAAGCCUCUGGGUCGAGCUUAUGCAGAACCGGAGUUUAAAACCGUGGAGCAGUUCUAUGAGAAGCCCAGACUUCGGUUCUAUGAUAUCAGCAGGGGAAGGGUCCCUGCAGGAGAGCUCCUGGCUGCCUUUGAGCUCAUUGAGCUCGACUACUCUGCUUUUGGAGAGCCCUGCCUCCCCACCAGUGUGGAUCCUCAGGAGCUGACUUACAUCGAUGAGCAGAAAUCUUACAUGAUCCCAGAGGGAGUCCGACCCGUUCUGAAGACCUUCAGGAUCGAGGUGCUUUUCUGGGGCCUGCGGGAGCUGAAGCGGGUGCAGCUGUUUGAGGUGGAGCAUCCACAUGUGAGGGUGGAGUGCGCAGGACAGCAGCUGGAAUCUGAGGAGAUCCAGAGCUACAAGACCAACCCCAACUUUAAAGAAGUGGUCCGCUACAUUGAUGUGGAGCUCCCAGAGCAGUCCUACCUCCACCCUCCACUGACGGUGUUUGUGGUGGAGCAUCGGGCAUUUGGUCACAUUGCUCUGGUUGGGUCCCAUGUUGUCCAGAACCUCAUGAACUAUGCUCUACGUGAACAUGGAGGGGAGGAAGAGGAAGAAGAAGAGGAGCCAAAACCUAAAGCCAGGCAGAAUUCAAUGAGGAUCAACCCUUUGAAGUCAGUGACGAACAUGGGACUCAGCAAUUUGACAGUCAAACAGUCGAAAAUUCCCAUGAACCCCAUGAAGAUAGUUAACGCUCCCCUGAAGAAGCUGAAAAGAAAGGUGGAGGAGCUGGAGGAAGAGGCUCCUGAGAAGGAGGAGUUGGACUGGUGGUCCAAGUACUACGCCUCACAGGAGGAGCAGGCUGCAGAGCGAGAGGAGAAGGAGGACGAAGCAGAGACAGAGGGAGUAAAUUUGACCAUGGCCAACAUUGAAGAAGAGGAGGAAGAAGUGGACGUGGUUGAGAUCGAGCCUCCUAAACGCAAGAUGAUCGCCACACUAAAGCUUUAUGAAAGCGAUCUGGAAUCAGAGUUCAGCGACUUUCAGGACUGGCUGCGGGUCUUUCCUCUGUUUAAAGGCCAGGCCAUCACUGAGGACGAUGAGGAGGAUGAUGAGGAGAGGCUGAUGGGAAAAUACAAGGGUUCCUUCCUGAUUUAUCCCAUCGAUCCAGAGGACAGAGAUGACACCACAUGUCAGAUCACAAAGGGAAUCCCUAAAAAUUCACCUGUCAAAGUCUUAGUCAGAGUUUACAUUGUGAAGGCCACCAGCCUGGCUCCCACUGACCCGAACGGUAAAGCUGACCCUUACAUUGUUGUUAAGGUGGGAGAUCAAAGUCUGGACUCCAAAGAGCGAUACAUCCCCAAACAGCUCAACCCGACGUUUGGAGAGGUGUUUGAACUCACGGUAUCUUUCCCCCUGGAGACCGAGCUGGUCGUCACGGUCAUGGAUCACGAUCUGGUUGGAGCCGACGACGUCAUUGGAGAGACUCGGAUCGACUUGGAGAACCGGUUCUACAGCCGCCAUCGGGCCUCCUGCGGUCUUGCUCUUCACUAUGACACCGACGGUUACAAUAAGUGGCGAGAUGCAAAGAAACCGUCGACAAUUUUGGCCGAGCUCUGCAGGAAGAACGGCAUCCCCUCCCCAGAGUACAGAACAUCUGAAGUGAAGGUCCUCAACAUGAUCUUCAAAAUACCGCCAGAUGCAGUACCAGAAGGUCUGCUGAAGAAGAACGAGCGCUCUCCAGAGGAGGAGGCGGAGAUGGAGGAGCACGCGGCCCUGAAUGUGCUGCGGCGCUGGGGGGAGAUGAGGGAGUCACUCCCUGGAGCUGUUCCUCUGGUACCGGAACAUGUGGAGAUCCGCUCUCUGCAGAACCAAGACAAUCCUGGACUCCCCCAGGGUUAUCUUCAUAUGUGGGUGGACAUGUUUCCCACCGACAUCCCAGCUCCGCCUGCUGUUGACAUAAAACCCCGCCUACCUGAACAGUUUGAGCUGCGAGUGAUCAUCUGGAACACCGAUGACGUGUUUCUGGACGAUGUCAACCCUUUCACUGGCGACCCCUCCUCUGACAUCUACGUCAAAGGCUGGAUAAAAGGGCUGGAGGGAGACAAGCAGGAAACUGACGUUCACUUCAACUCCCUGACGGGCGAAGGAAACUUCAACUGGAGAUUUGUUUUCAGAUUCGACUACCUUCCCACUGAGAAAGAGGUGGUGUAUAAAAAGAAGGAGUCCAUCUUUUCCCUGGAGGAGUCUGAGUUUCGCCAGCCGGCUUUUCUGGCGCUGCAGGUGUGGGACUACGACCGCAUCUCAGCCAAUGACUUUCUAGGGUCCAUAGAGCUUUCUCUCGGCAGCAUGGUGCGUCCGGCAAAGACGUCCAGCAAGUGUACGAUCGCAAUGGCGAAGGACCUGGCGAGUCCUCGCUUCUCCAUCUUUCGGGCUAAGAAGAUGAAGGGCUGGUGGCCGCUGGUCCGCUUGAAGACGGCGGAGGACUUUGAGAGGGAGGAGAAGGAGAAACAAGAUGCCAUGAAGAAGGGACGCAAAAAGAAAAAGAAGACCAAGGACAAAAGAAGCCAGAUGAGACAGGAAGACAUCCAGUACACUGACAGUUUGGGCAAUACCUACUUAUUGAUGGGAAAGGUGGAGGCAGAGCUGCAGCUGGUGACUUUGGAGCAGGCGGAGGCGAAUCCCGUGGGGCGUGGACGCAAAGAGCCUGAACCUCUGGAAAAGCCAAACCGUCCCACCACCAGCUUCAACUGGUUCAUCAAUCCCAUGAAGACCUUCGUCUUCCUCAUCUGGAAGAACUACAAGAAAUACAUCAUAGCCCUGGUCAUCCUCAUCAUCCUGACACUCUUCCUUGUCCUGAUUGUCUACACGUUGCCUGGAGAAAUCAGCUCCCUCAUCAUCAACGGAUGAA